AUGAGUUUGCGAAAUAAAUCAUUGAUUGAAAUAAUGAAUAAACUUGAGCCUGCUGAUGUGGGUACAAAUCAAGCUUCUUCUGAACUCGAAAGCGAAGGCAAGCCAACAUUGGGCCCUAAUUUAGCUAGCGCACCCAGCUCUACUACAUUAAAUACAAUUGGAUCAAAUACAAAUAUUGCAAACACAGAAUUUAUACCCUAUUUAUUCUACUGUUUACACCAAAUAAGAAAAGAUCAGAGUAAUUCUGCAAAUAAAUUUGAACUACAAGUGGGAUUUAUUAAGCAUAGACUAAGGAGUUGCAAAACUUUCAUAGAGACCGACCAAGUAUUUAAAGACUUAAUGAGCAAAUCAAUUGAAGAUUGGAAUGAGGAGAUACAAAAUCGUGAAUGUGAACUACAAAGGAAGAAGGAAGUUAUCAAUAAUUUAAGAAGCACAAUCGAUUCUAUUUUGAAUAAAUAA